GCUUACAAAACCGUGGUCAUCUGAAUUGAACCACUCAGGAAUCACGAUAAAGAACUUACCUCUCAAGAUGCGGCUAACGUUCAUCAUCGAUUCAGUCGAGGAACCUUUUGGGAUCGAUCUUGACCCAUCCAUCACCCUUGAAGACUUGGGAGCACUGCUAGAAAUCGAGCUACGGAUACCCACCACAGAGCAACAAAUAUUUUACAACGGAAAACGAUUGAACCAGCCCACAAGUAGUACCUUGGCGUCGUGUGGGAUUACUUCUGAUGACAUGCUGGAAUUGAGACGACUCACUGCAUCUUCUUCUCAGCCGAGUUCUACACCAGCUGUCGCUGGAGGAAACAUUGCAAAUGACCUUGAUCGGAUGAGAUUGCAGAUCCUGGGAGAUCCAGCGCUGAUGGCUCAGCUUCGAGCAUCUAACCCCGAAAUGGCCAACGCUGCUGAAACCUCUCCUGAAAGGUUUGCACAACUCAUGAGUAAUUUUCAGCAACAACAUCAACACGCCGCUGUUCAGCGACGUCAGGAUGAAGAGCUUUUAAACUCGGAUCCCUAUGAUAUCGAAGCUCAACGAAGGAUUGAAGAGCAUAUCAGACAAGAACGUGUAUGGGAAAAUAUGCAGCAUGCAAUUGAAUUUUCACCCGAGAGUUUCGGCCGGGUAACAAUGUUGUAUGUGGAUGUCGAAGUCAAUGGGCAUCCAGUCAAAG